AUGGGUACCAGCAGUGAAUUAAAGAGUAUAUCUCCUGAGUUAAAUUCCUCUGAAACGAUACAAAAGAGUGUGUUCUCGGCUCACCCUACGAUCUUCAUUCUUCCAACUCACGUGUCGCUGGAUGAACUUCAUGAAGUUGAAUUCCGACUCUUCGAACAUGGAGGAAAUUUGACGUAUGACAUUGCUGAAGCAGGUCUUAUCUUGGGCAAGAUCGGUCGGAAGAAGCGUGCAGCGUUGGAGCUUCGCUCACGUGGACUAUUCACGGAGGAGAUACCCGACCUUAACACCUCGCUACCAUCAAUAUCAGGAAUUGAUCAACAACCUCCACUUAAACGUCAAAAAACGCAAGACUCAGAAGUUGUCGUGAAGGCGUCCACUCAAGUCGUGGACCUCUGCACCGACUCUGAAGUCGAAGAAUAUUCGGAAAAGGGUCUUAACGAUUCAUCUCAAUCUCCAGAAUUCAUAGCAAAGAAUGAGGGACAAGUGGUUACAGUGCUCAAGUUGGAUUGGCUAGAGCAAUCAAUUGAGAAAGGCGAACCUCUACCGCAACGCUCUUUUCUGAUUUACAAAGGACGCAAAGUUAUCUCUACCCCCCCAGAUGUCCCGAAACCACCUUCAACCGCGGUAGCCAGUCAAAUCAUGAAAAGGGCAACAGAAGAUGCUUCUGUGGUGAAAUAUCCAACACAGAGCCAUUCUUUUCAUUCUCGACGUUCCAAAGGCCCCACAGACUCAACAGAAAAGUCAAGUCAACGAAAUCCACCCACGCUCUAUCGUCAAACUACAUCUGAGCAUGAUGAAACUGUCUCCCUUCCACCUCAGCCGGAUUGGGUCCAUGAUCAAGUUGGAUUUGCAUGUAUGCGUUCUGCGCCUCUCCAUUCUCCAAAUGAAGAAUUCAUUUCUCAACUUGUAAAGAUCCGCAGAAUCCGCGAACUCACCCUUGAUGAAAUCGGAGUGCGAGCUUAUAGCACAUCCAUUGCCGCCAUAGCUGCAUAUCCGUACGUCAUAAAAAGACCUAGCGAGAUCCUCGCUCUUCCAGGAUGUGACGCGAAAAUCGCAAAUCUCUUCGCAGAGUUUCAGCAGCAUAGGCGCUGUAGCCAUUCCGACAAGGACGGAAAUGUUGCAACGGCAGAUGCCCUCGAUUCCGAUCCAGUCCUGCGAGUCCUGAACACAUUCAAUGGGAUAUGGGGAGUCGGUGCAAAGACCGCCAGAAACUUUUACUAUUCUCGAGGCUGGCGAGAUCUAGACGAUAUCGUUGAGUUCGGCUGGGACUCCCUCUCCCGAGUCCAGCAGAUAGGCGUGAAAUUUUUUGACGAGUUUCAAGCUGGUGUUUCCCGUGUGGAGUCAGAAAAUAUCGCAUCGAUUGUGAAGCGUCAUGCGAACGAUGUGCGACCGAACAAAAGUCGAGAGAUCGAAGCUAUCAUUGUUGGAGGAUAUCGACGCGGAAAGGAGUUGAGCGGCGAUGUAGACAUUAUAUUGACUCACCAUGACGAUGCAGUCACCAGGGGGCUUGUCGUGGACGUUGUUGCAAGCCUUGAGAAGGAAAAAUAUAUCACACACACGCUGUCCUUGCAUCUCACCGCGACCUCGCGCGAACAACAAACUCGACCCUUAGAGAGAGACGAAACAGGAAAGCACUUCGAUGCGCUUGAUAAGGCUUUGGUGGUCUGGCAAAGCCCAGAAGCCGGUAACAAGAGCGCAGAUGAUGUUCAGAAAAAAGAUGAUAAAAAGCGAAACACCAAUCCUCACUGCCGUGUUGAUAUUAUUAUAUCCCCCUGGAGGACAAUCGGAUGUGCGGUCCUUGGUUGGACUGGUAGUACCACGUUCCAACGGGACUUGAGACGGCAUUCUAAAAAGGCGCAUGGCUGGAGAUUCGAUUCCACUGGUAUCCGUGAGCGCAGUUCGAGUGGCCCAGUAGUGGACUUAGAACACAACGGCAACACCUGGGAGGAAAGAGAAAGACUUGUGAUGGAGGGCCUAGGAAUCGGAUGGAGACCACCAGAAGAACGAUGCUCCCGAUAG